UCCUUUUCUACAGUUUUCUAUCGCCGACUCACUUUCUUUUCCUAUUCUCUUCCAAUUUGAGAAUUUUUUUACAUCUCGGCCAUUCCCUCUUCCCUUAUAUCCGUCGCCGUCGGUCGUGGUUUCGGAAUACGUUGACAACACUUGACAGAGAUCUUCAAUGGCAGGAUGAUGGACGGGAGGAAGCGCUGAACGAAGCGAUUGAAAUCGCUGACAACACUUGUCGGAGAUCUUCAACGGCGGGACGUGCUAAACGAAGCGAUGAACUAGCUGCCAACACCCGACGGAGAUCUUCAAUGGCGGGAUGAAGGACGGAAGAAAAGCAGUAGCGUCUUCCAAUGGGACAGUGAUCAAUGAAAUUGGUCAAAGACGAACAAAAAUGGACGGUCAAUUAUUGGCAUGUGGAAGGUUUCUCAGAAAAAUUCAGAUCCGCGAUCUUCCUAAACAAAUUCGCGAACUAAAUACGUUUUGCCGAGAAAUCACAAAUCCACGCUCUAAAGCGGGAACGUGGAGGCUUACCCCCACGAAUUAGGUAACAUAAAUCUGAACUAGAAAAGGAAAUAGAAGAAAGCAAAACCAGCCACGUCGACAAUCCGAGAACUUUGAAGAGCAGUCUUCGGGCCCAAGAAACUCAUGUCGACCAAACCGCUCGGGUACCGCCACGUGCCCCUUUACUGCGUCAUACGUAAGCCACGACAGUAAGCCACGUCAGUAAUAUCUAUCCGUCUGCUCGUUUUUUAUUGCAUCGGGAUACGAAAGGCGCUAAAUAUCUCUCGAAUAAGCUACAUGGUUUCUUCGUCCCCAAGACAGUGGGUUGGCGGCCGUACAGCUGAAUUUCUGGUAACCCCCAUUCUCACCUCAUUCACUCUCUCUGAUAAACCCUUUUUCAAGAGGGCCUAAUCUUGGCUUAAACCCCUCUCGAACCCUAAUCCGAACACCACAGAAUCAAUUUCAUCUCAAUCUUCUUCACCGGUGGGUGACUAACUUCAAUAACCUUCUUCUCUCGCCGACUUCGUUCCAAAUCUCGUUUCCAGGCCAAAAUUUCAAAAAAUGGCCGACUUGUUGGGAAGCGGCAGUUUCCUGGGGAUUAGUAGCACGAGCUCGAGCGGCAAGCGAACACCGAGGAGGAGAAACGGCACCGUGUCGGUAGAAGAGACGCUGGAGAGGUGGAAGAAACAAACGAAGGUGGACCUCCUGAAGAACCACAACCCACCAAAGGGCUCGAAGAAAGGAUGCAUGAGAGGGAAAGGGGGCCCCGAGAAUAUGAACUGCAAGUACAGGGGAGUUCGGCAGAGGACUUGGGGGAAAUGGGUAGCUGAGAUUCGGGAGCCGGUUCGUGGAACCGGUUCGACGAAGAAGAAAGGGAGCAGACUCUGGCUUGGAACGUUCGAGACUGCAAUUGAAGCGGCCGUGGCUUAUGACAACGCUGCCAGGUCAAUGUACGGAGAUUGCGCGGUGCUUAACUUCCCUUCUUCCUCUGUGGAUUAUCGGUCGAGUGAUAUUUUGUCUCACGAGGCUGAAUCGGGCGAAGUAAGUGGGUCGCUGAAUUUGUGCGAGGGUAAUUCUAAUAUGGACGUGGAAUCGAAGAUGGAACGGGCUGGUAGAUGUGAAGGUGACUUGUGUGGGAGGGCGAAACAUGAAUUGGGUUGCUCUGUUUUCAAUCAGGGGAAUGAGGAAUCCGUGGUGAAAACAGAAUUGGAAGCGUCGGGCUCGAAUGAGUGUGAGAAGAAGGGUGAAUCUGAACAGCAAGUCGCAAUCCUGAAAACGGAAGAACUGGACGAAGAGCUGGAGGAGUUUAUGAGAUACUGCAGUGGUUGGGGGCUAAACCCAACCACAAAUCCGCCCGAGCAAAGCCCUGUGAAAAUGGAAGAGGAGAGCGGUUAUCAACAAACCAAUAACGGUGACAUAGAUCUGAAUCCUCCUCCUCGUGUCUACCCUGGAAGCUCUUCUGAUUUCAACUCGUCAGGGAUGGGAGGAAGAUAUGGUGAUUAUGGACAUUGCUUCCAGUUGGGUUCGCAGCAGGAUGGAAGGCAGUGGGAUCUGGCUUCUUACAACAAUGGUGGAGGAAGUGGGAGCUGUGGCUUUGGUUGGUCGGGCUGGGGGACGGAGAUGGAUUGGAAUAUGACGAUGGAAGAGCCAGGGUUUUGUGAAGAAGAUAGGUUGUUCUCUGUGGCUGAAUUUGGAUUCCAGUAGUAGUGUGAAAGUGUUCAUGGAGUCUUUGAGGGGUUUGGUCUUCUUCUAUAGUAGGAUCUGUAGAUUUGGAGUUGCGCUCAUAUUAGGGUUCUUAC